AUGGAUGAUAAUCCAUCUAUAUAUUCUUAUUCAUUUGAUGAAUUUGCUCGAUCAAUAUUGAAUAAGUGUAAAUCUUCUGAGGAUGUUGAUAUUGGAGUAAUCAAAUCUGCCAUCGAGCAUCUUCUAGACAAGAGUAUCAAUGAUGUUAUAUCUGACACUAAUGCUAAAAAUGAAUCGGUAGAUCGUGGAAAUAACCUAUAUGACAUUGCUUCUGCUCAUUAUAAAGAAGCUAUUUCAAAUAAGAAUGAUAUUUCAAAGAUUAAACUUUUUUCGUCUGAAAUGAACAAUACAUGCAAUCUCUUAGAAAUUUUGUGUUCUAAAAUUGGAGCAAAUUUUGGAAAAUAUUUCGAUUAUAUAGCAGACGGGUUGCACAAAUAUAGAUCAAUUAAUAAUUUAGUUAAGAAUAGCGAUUUGAUAAUCAAGAUAAUAGCAUUACCUUGUGAAAUAGAUUACGCGCUAGAAUGCUAUGAAUAUGACAGGGCAUUUGACUUAAUUUCAUUUUCUAAUAAUCUUAAUCAUUUUUUUGAAAAUGUACCGUUUAUGUCUAAAGCUAAACAAAAGAUAGAAAAUAAUAAGCAGAAUUUGCAUGAUUCCUUGUGCGAGGAGCUUGCAUUAGAGUCUGAUAUUACACGGUUGACCAAGUAUAUUUCAUUGUUACGAAAACUCGAGAUAACAUCUGAGAUGGAUGUUAGACGGAUGUUUAUAAAUAAAAGGUCUAGCUCAAUUAAUGACAAAAUUCUACGUAUUGAAAUCGAUCCAAAUAAUCUACAUUUAGUAUUUUCCACAUGUGUCGAUAUUAUACUAAAGGACACUUAUGAAUUUGUCAUUUUUUACAAAACUUUAUUUGGAUGUUUGGAUGAUAGUAUUUCUAAAGCCACGAUAGAUAUCAUAAUUGACAUAUUAAAUAUCAUAAAAAACUCUUAUAAUUUCAAAAGAAGAGACGAUUCUAAUAAUGAAGAUAAAAAUAAUGUCGACUAUUCUAGUAAUAUAUCAAAGUUAUUAGAAAUAUGUGAGACAUAUUCACAAAUUGGUCUAGAUUUUACAUGUCUAGUUUAUUCAAUACUUCAAUAG